AUGUCGGCUAGUGCUGCCUUUUAUCGAGGCGGCACCUCGAAGGGAGUCAUCUUCGAAGACAGUGACCUGCCAACGUCCAACCGGGACCGUGAGCAUCUCUUCAGCUCUUGCAUAGGGUCUCCCGAUCCAUAUGGAAGGCAGUUGGACGGGAUGGGAGGGGGCAUAUCAUCACUCAGCAAAGUUUGUAUCGUCAAGCGAAGUGAACAACAUGAAGCCGAUGUCGAGUUUACCUUUGUCCAGGUCGGCGUCAAAGAUGGGAUCCUGGAUACCGGCUCAAAUUGUGGAAAUAUGGUGUCCGCAAUCGGACCUUUUGCACUAGAGAAGGGAAUGCCAAGCACGAUCGAUGAACACGGCCGAGCGACUGUCAGGAUCUUCAACACGAACACGAACAAGAUGAUACACUCGCAUUUCCCUACGAUCGACGGACUAGCUGACGUCGAUGGUGAUUUCGAGAUGGACGGUGUGCCCGGCACAUCAGCCCAGAUUCAGCUAGAUUUCAUUAAUCCUGGAGGAUCUCGCACGGGAAAGCUGUUGCCGACCGGAAAUGUCGUGGACGAGCUGCAGAUACCAGGUGCUGGCUCGAUCCCGGUCACUCUGGUAGACUGUGCCAAUCCCGGAGUGUUCAUCGCGGCAGAGACUUUGGGGCUCGAUGGGUCGAUCUUGCCGGACGAACUGCAGUCCAAGCCAAAGACCCUGGAGAUACUCACUGCCAUUCGUCGAGCUGCCGGGAUCCGGAUGGGCGUAUUCGCGGACGAGAACGAAGCCCGCAAAAUUCGGAGCGUACCCAAGGUCUGCAUCAUCUCGCCAACCCGACGACACACCUUGCUUUCCGGUCAGACAAUCGAAGCUCAGGCCGCCGACGUGAUCGUGCGGACAAUCUCCUCGGAAGAUCCUCAUCGAGCGAUCCCCAUCACCGCAGCCAUCUGUGUAGCUGCAGCGGCCAAUAUGUCGGGCUCGGUAUUCUCUUCAGUGUUCCCUGGAGGGAAGCCACCUGCAGGUCAGGCUAUCAGAAUAGCGCAUCCGUCAGGGACCAUCGCUGUUGAUGCAGACCUGAAUAUCGACGAGGAUGGGUCGAUGAUCGCCCGGUCCGGGACUAUAUACAGGACAGCUAGAAAGUUGUUUGACGGAAAGGUCUACUAUCGAUCCCAGACGGCGUCCUGA